ACGGAAGCCCCAACGAGGACUUUAAACCUGAAGACCAGCCUCACUUUAAGAUCAAAGACGAGUUUUAAUCAAUUUUUAAACUUUUGUACGCCUUUAUUGAGUAGACCAGCUCUUCACUUUAUAGACUAGUCAGUUUUUAUUCCAAUGGCCGAGCGUGGACAAAAGCGAAAGUUAGAACUGCACACAUUAGACAAUAAGUACCAAGCAGUCAAGGCGGUGGAAGGAGGAACUUCUCGGACUGCGGUACAGGAACAGUUUCAUGUCAAGCGCAACACUCUGAGCGGCUGGAUCAAAAACUCCACCAAAAUAAAAGAGCAAUACGAGUCCGGAAACGCCAACUCCAACUGCAAGAAAAUAAAGCUGGCCAAAAACCCCGAUGUGGAGAAGGCCCUUUACUUGUGGUACUGUGACGUGCGGAAGAAACAUCCCACGCUCCCACUUCGACGGGACUUGCUUUCGCAGAAAGCGGAACAGUUCGCCAGAGACCUCGGAGCCGCCAACUUCAUCCCCUCAAAUGGCUGGUUCACCCGUUUCAAGCAACGCUACAACUUGACAUACAAGCGUGUAUGUGGUAGAGACGGCAACGUGUCCCAGCUGGGGGACUGGAAAGCGCGCCUGGCAAAGAUAUUUUCGGACUACCAGCCCAGAGACAUAUACAACGCAGAUGAAACUGCGCUCUUUUUCAAACGCACGCCGGAUUACGCCAGCAACGGCCAAUCGGCGGUCUGGGAGAAACAGCCUAAAGAUCGCGUCACGCUGAUGGUGUCGGCGAAUAUGGACGGCAGCGAUAAAGUCCCUUUGUUCGUCGUUGGAAAGUCCCACGAGUGUUUGAAAGGCGUAGAACGUUUGCCUCUGCAAUACGGGCACGAUAAAAAAGCCCGGAUGACUCCCGCCUUGUUCACCACGUGGCUUCAACAGCUGGACCGACACAUGUUCCUUCAACAGCGCAAAAUCGUUGUAAUUGUCGACAACCGCUCGGCCCAUCCACACGUGGAAGGUCUGCGAGCGGUAAAACUGGUCAUCCUCCCCCCAAACUCCACGUCAGCCACCCGACCCGUGACUCGGGAGAUCGUCCGCACGCUGAAAUUUCACUACAGAAAAAUGCUGACCAAGAAAAAGGUGGCCUUCCUCCGAGCUAAUGAAACAUUCACGCCAGAUCUCCUCGGAGCCAUGUACUCACUGAGGAAGGCUUGGGAGACCAUAAAACCGGAAACCAUCCGUAAUUGUUUUUUCCGGGCCUUCACCGCCGACUGCAAAGAUGACGCGAAAGCUUUUGAGGGCUCGCAGCCGGAAGAUGAGGAGGAAGAUGACACGCCCUUUUACUCUGCCACCGGACUGGGCAAGAAAGACUUCAAGGAAAGGUGUAACCCUCGGGAAGAGGAUUUGGAAUGUUCCGGACCCCGCGCCGACGAGGACAUUCUAACGUCUGCGGCAAGGAAGCCGGACGAUACGGUCGAUGCCGAGGACGAAGACACUGGCGCCGACUCCACAGCGCCGACCAUGAAAGAUGCGCUACGAGCUGCGGAAGUGCUCCGAAAAUUUGCCAUGGUAAACAACGACGAAGAACUGUUGAAAAACACUGAAAAUGUGAGCGAUAUAUUGCAAAAGAAGCAAUUAAUUCAUUACCAUUAAUAAUGUUCAGGCUUGAGAGGGUGAAUACCAGUUUAAAGGCCUACUGAAAUGAAUUUUUUAUUUAUUUAAACGGGAAUAGCAGAUCCAUAGGCAGCACGGUCGCAGAGGGGUUAGUGCAUCUGCCUCACAAUACGAAGGUCCUGAGUAGUCGUGAGUUCAAUCCCGGCCUCGGGAUCUUUCUGUGUGGAGUUUGCAUGUUCUCCCCGUGACUGCGUGGGUUCCCUCCGGGUACUCCGGCUUCCUCCCACCUCCAAAGACAUGCACCUGGGGAUAGGUUGAUUGGCAACACUAAAUUGGCCCUAGUGUGUGAAUGUUGUCUGUCUAUCUGUGUUGGCCCUGCGAUGAGGUGGCGACUUGUCCAGGGUGUACCCCGCCUUCCGCCCGAUUGUAGCUGAGAUAGGCUCCAGCGCCCCCCGCAACCCCGAAGGGAAUAAGCGGUAGAAAAUGGAUGGAUGGAUAGCAGAUCCAUUCUAUGUGUCAUACUUGAUCAUUUCGCGAUAUUGCCAUAUUUUUGCUGAAAGGAUUUAGUAGAGAAAAUCGACGAUAAAGUUCGCAACUUUUGCUCGCUGAUAAAAAAAAGCCUUGCCUGUACCGCAAGUAGCGUGACGUCGCAGGUUGAAGGACUCCUCACAUUUCCCCAUUGUUUACACCAGCAGCGAGAGAGAUUCGGACCGAGAAAGCGACGAUUACCCCAUUAAUUUGAGCCAGGAUGAAAGAUUUGUGGAUGAGGAACGUGAGAGUGAAGGACUCGAGUGCAGUGCAGGACGCAUCUUUUUUCACUCUGACCGUAACUUAGGUACAAGCUGGCUCAUUGGAUUCCACACUCUCUCCUUUUUCUAUUGUGGAUCACGGAUUUGUAUUUUAAACCACCUCGGAUACUAUAUCCUCUUGAAAAUGAGAGUCGAGCGCGCGAAAUGGACAUUUAAAGUGACUUUUAUCUCCACGACAAUACAUCAGUGACACACUUAGCUACUGAGCUAACGUGAUAGCAUCGUUCUCAAAUGCAGAUAGAAACAAAAGAAAUAAACCCCUGACUGGAAGGAUAGACAGAAGAUCAACAAUACUAUUAAACCAUGGACAUGUAACUACACGGUUACAUCAACCGCCGUGCUCACCUGCGUUCCAGCGAUCGACGGCGCGGCGAAGGACACCCAUCAUCGACGAAGCUCUGUAGCAUGAGCUAACGUGAUAGCAUCUGUCUCAAAUGCAGAUAGAAACAAAAUAAAUAAAUACCUGACUGGAAGGAUAGACAGAAGAUCAACAAUACUAUUAAACCAUGUACAUGUAACUACACGGUUAAAAAUUCUCAGCCUGGUAAGGCUUAACAAUGCUGUUGCUAACGACGCUAAGGCUAAUUUAGCAAUUUAGCAACCGGACCUCACAGAACUAUGAUAAAAACAUUAGCGCUCCACCUACGCCAGCCAGCCCUCAUCUUCCCAUCAACAGCCGUGCUCACCUGCGUUCCAGCGAUCGACGGCGCGACGAAGGACUUCAUCCGUGGGUUUGGCGGCAAGCAUCGGCUAGGCGUCUGCUAGUCCUUGUUGUGUUGCUGUAAGUAUUGUACUUAGCCGCUAAUACACCGAUCGAUCCCACCUACGUUCUUCUUUGCAGCCUCCAUUGUUCAUUAAACAAAUUGCAAAAGAUUCACCAACACAGAUGUCCAGAAUACUGUGGAAUUUUGUCCAAGAAAACAAGAGGUUUUUGUAUCGGGUCCGAUGGGGUCCAACCACUUCCGUGGAUUUUGUGACGUCACGCGCAUAAAUCAUAUCCAAAGGAGUUUUUCAACCGGAAGUGUGGCGGGAAAUUUAAAAUGUCACUUUAUAAGUUAACCCGGCCGUAUUGGCAUGUGUUGCAAUGUUAAGAUUUCAUCAUUGAUAUAUAAACUAUCAGACUGCGUGGUCAGUAGUAGUGGCUUUCAGUAGGUCUUUAAGGUUCCUAUGGGUUCCGGCUCACAUAAAGGGCAGUUAAUUGGCCGAUCAGCUGGCAAAGCAGACAUUAACGUUAGAGCAGCGCAGAGAGGUACUUCUCAGUAAGCCUGAGGCAACGUCAUUGAGUAAAGGACAUCUUUUGAAAGAGUGGCAAUCCCAUUGGGACAUGACUACAACACGAGGACACUUGCAUGCAAUACAGAACACAGUAGGAGUGGGAAGAACUGUAAGGGAGAGCAUUAAAGAAGAAGGACUUGGGACAUUGCACCUUAUCAACAAGGACAAAGAUGUUGGAAGACAUGGACAGAAGAAGGUUACUCUCAAAGGGGUACUAAGCAGGAACCAGAACAUUUUAGUGAAGUUUCUAGAAGAGGCAAGUUUAUGGUAUAUAAUUUAGUAUGAAAAGGUGUAUGUACGCUGAACAAAAAUAAACGCAACACUUGUUUUUGCUCC